ACCCAGAAGUGCUUAGUUAUACUUGCCUGCUUCACAAAACUGACAGCAUAGAACGAAAAUAUAAAUAAUUUCGCUCCCCUCUGACGAAUCCGUUUCCCCCUAUCCCUUACCUAUGGCUUCAAAUUCAAACAUAGAUAUAGAGGGUGCAACCCAGCAUCUUCGUGACAUAUUAAAGUUGGAUAGACCCGGGAACAACGUAGACGCAUCUCCAUGUGAGAACCAAAGAAAAACAUCUUUCAAUGGCGAAUUGAAUGGACUUCUACCGGGAGCUGGCAACAGGUCAACCAUGGAUGAAUCCACAGGCCGUAAUUCGGAGAACAUGAACGCCCAAGAGUGCCAGAUAAUCUGCCUCUCUGGGGAUGAUGGCUCCACUUGCAUUCCCAUCACAUCAAACAAUGUUGAAAUUGUGGCCAGUCGAGACUCAAGCAUUGACAGCAAGGCCCGUGGCAGCAACAAGGUAAAAAUCCAGCCUGUCGCCAAAUACGACUGGGAGCACAAGCAUUACUACGGCAACCUGAUUGCAGUUUCUAACUCAUACCUGGCGUAUGCAAUCCGAGGAGCAAACAACCAGGCCAUGAUCCGUGUGUUGAGCCUGGGCUCCGCGGAGCGCACCCUGCUGAAGGGCUUCACUGGUGCAGUCACAGACCUGGCCUUCGCCCAUCUGGACUCCACCCUGCUGGGAUGUGUUGACGAAGCUGGCAACCUGGUCAUCUGGCAGCUCACCUGCCACAGCAGCAAGAUCCAGGAUCAAGUGGUUGUCCACAUCCGGAGGCCUGAAGACACACCUCUAAACUCCAAUAGGAGGUUGAUCUGGUGUCCCUUCAUCCUCGAGGACAAUGAAGAGAACCCUGAGGAUGCUAGCCAGACCUUGGCCCUGCUGCAUGAAGACAGGGCUGAGGUGUGGGAUCUGGAGAUCCUCCGCAGCAACAAUAGCACCUGGCCAGUAGAUGCCACUGACCUGAAGGACGGCGUUAUAACCAUAAAAGGACAUACAGAGCGUAUAAGUGAAGGUGCCCUGUCUCCGGAUGGCACAGUCUUGGCCACAGCCAGUCAUGAUGGUUAUGUAAAGUUCUGGCAAAUCUACAUUGAAGGACAGGACCAGCCAAGUCCUCUCCCCGGCUUCUUUCACAGAUGUCUGCAUGAGUGGCAGCCCCACAAUGGGAACCCCCUCUCCUGCCUGCUGUUCUGUGACAACCACAAGAAACAGGACCCAGAUGUUCCAUUCUGGCGCUUUCUGAUUACUGGAGCUGAUCAGAACCAGGAGCUGAAGAUGUGGUGCACAGUGUCAUGGACCUGCCUGCAGACCAUCAGGUUCUCUCCAGACCCGUUCAACUCCUCAGUCCUUCCCAGUCUAAAGGCCAGCCUGGACCUCUCUGCAGAAUGCCUCAUCCUCAGCGACGUACAGAGAAAGGUGUUGUAUGUGAUGGAGUUGUUGCAGGACCAGGAGAAGGGCCAUGCCAGCUUCACAGCCGUGUCCGAGUUCCUGCUUACACACCCUGUACUCAGCUUUGGUGUUCAGGAUGUCAGCCGCAGCCGCCUGCGCCACACAGAGGUCCUCCCCCCAGAUGAGGAGAGCGAGAGUAUGACUGCAGAGGGCAACCAGGGCCCAAUGGAAUCCAGAGCUGGGAUACAAAUAAAGCUAUACUGUGUCCACACAAAGUCCCUUCAAGAUGUGCAGAUCUGGUUCCAGCCAAACCUUGGGUCUGGCUCGUCCUUAUUUCUGCCUCACUCAGACUCAAAUGACGGCUUUGGUUUUUCGGAUCACUUGACAGACAUGAGCAUGGAAGGUUUGAGCUCUGACAAGGAGUCCGGAUGUGGCUCCCAAAAUGAUCUCCGUAAGAUUCCCGCCCUUCCUGCUCCUGCUGACUUCAUGUCCCCCACUGGCGCCGCCGCUAUGCCCAAGCUCAUGACCCCUGACGCCUUCAUGACCCCCAGUGCUUCAGUCCCAGCCUCCCCAGGCAGCAGUGCCAGCAGCCUGAAAAUGGUGACAGCCAUGACCAGCAACUCUGACAGUGGCGCCAGGGGAGGAGAGGAGCUGACCCAGAACCCCAAGAUGUCUAUGGAGAGCAGCAGCAGUAGCAGUCUGACUCUCAGUGCGAGCACCAGCAGCCCCAGAGCCAGCUCCCUUCUCAUCUCAGGCCUAGGGGAUAACAUGCCGGUGCUUCCCUCUCCAAACCCGCCCCUCUCGAUGGACCCACAGGUCAUUGAGCCUAUGCUGAUUCAGCAUGCCUCUCCCACCCUGGCCCGCUCUCCAGACGUCAUCUCAUCUGCCUCCACGGCCAUGUCACAGGACAUCCCUGAGAUCGCCUCUGAGACGCUGCAGCGAAGCCUGGGGGGUGUGUCUGGAGCUGAAUCCCGAGACUCUCUCCCAGCCCUCCACACAGACAGCAUGGCUUCUGCAGCCUCAGCCCUUCACCACCUCUCUCCACGGAACCGGAACAACUCUGACCACGGCCACCUGACCCUAGAGCUGGGUGCUGGAGCAGUGGAGGCGGAGCAGAGGCUCAGUAACACUCCUUCACUACUGGAGAAUGCCCUGUCACAGGAGAAUGCUACUGCAGCCGCCGCUGCCUCCUGCUCCGACAACAACACAAGCCACCCCUGGCCUGCAGCUCCCGACAUCACACGGGAAACGCGCAACAGCCUGCGGGACAACGGCCUAGGAGACUGCUCAAGGGAGGAAAUGAAGGACAGACACAUGUCCUCUCCAUACCACAGACGCACCUACCACUUAACCCAGAAUGACAGUCAGGACGCCAGUGCAGAACAGAGUGACCAUGAUGACGAGGUGGCCAGUCUAGCGUCGUCCUCCGGGAACUGUGGAGCCAGGUCGUCUCAAAGACUGCCAGGGAAGGAGUGGAAGAGCUCUCCCAGAGGCUCCCCUAAACUCAAGAGGAAGAGUAAAAAAGAUGAUGGGGAUGCAUCUCAUGCCACUCAGUCCAGGCAGCCUGAGCAUCAUAAUCAUCAUCAGAUMAACCCUGAGGUGCAGGAAGAGCUGCUGAUGCUGCUGCGUAACCAGCAGAGGGAGCUAGCGGAUCUCCGUCAGAGUCAGCUAGAGCUGCUGCAGAGAGUGACGGGCCACAUGGACGCAGUGCAGAGCUCUGUCAUAGCCCAUGUGGAGCACGUCAUGGUCAGCCAGCAGGAGCACGAACAGAGGAGAAUGGAGAGAAUCCUAGCAGAGGGACAGAACCGUAACCAGCAACUCCAGGAGCAUCUCUCCCAGCAGCUGGCUCAAACUCUCAACAACACCCUGUGUAACCGUCUGGACAAGACUCUCCGAGAGGAGAUGAAGAAAACCGUUCCUCCCACUAUUAUCAAGAGUCUCGAGCCUGUUACUGCCCAGAUGAAUAACACCAUCGCUGCUAAGCUGACGGCUGUGGAGGCAGCACUGAAGGAGAACGUCAGCAAAGUCGUCAAGUCAAAGAACACCACAGAUGCAAUCGGCCGGGCAGCUGCUGAGGCAAUGCAGGGGCCUAUCCAGGCUGCCUACAAGGAUGCGUUCCAGAGCAUUGUGCUGCCUGUGUUUGAGAGGGGCUGCCAGUCUAUGUUCCAGCAGAUCAAUGACAGCUUCAAGCAGGGAACACAUGAGUAUAUCCAGCAACUGGAGACCCAUGUGAAGAGCAGGAAGCAGCGUGAGCAGGAGGGCCAGGACCCUAUGAUUGGCCAGCUGCAGCAGAUGAUUGACACGUUCCAGAAUUCUACAGAUCAGCUGGCCACCACUGUCACAGCAAGUGUCCGCUCGGAGGUCCAGCACCAGCUCAACAUGACGGUGGGAAACCUGCAGGAAUCAAUCCUGACCCAGGUGCAGCGCAUAGUGAAGGGUGAGGUGAGCAUGGCCAUGAAGGAGCAGCAGGCAGCUGUGACCUCCAGCAUCAUGCAGGCCAUGCGCUCUGCUGCAGGCACGCCCGUCCCUACCCCACACCUAGACUACCAGGCCCAGCAGGCCAACAUACUGCAGCUGCUGCAGCAGGGACAGCUCAACCAGGCCUUCCAACAGGCCCUGUCAGCCUCUGACCUGAACCUGGUUCUGUAUGUGUGCGAGACCAUCGACUCCCAGCAGGUGUUUGGCCAGCAUCCCUGCCCCCUGAUCCAGCCAGUGCUGCUGUCCCUCAUACAGCAGCUAUCCACUAACCUGGCCACACGCUCUGAGCUCAAGAUCAGUUACUUGGAGGAUGCUGUGAUGAACCUGGACCAUGGUGAUCCGGUGACGAGAGACCACAUGAGUACUGUGCUGUCCCAGGUCCGACAGAAACUGUUCCAGUUCCUGCAACAGGACCCACACAGUCCUCUUAGCAAGAGAGCCCGGCGCCUGGUGAUGAUGCUUCAGGGCCUGGUCAAUCACUAGUUCUGUACUUGGUGCCCAUCGAUGGAGCCCCUUCUCUUUCUGUUCUGCUCCCAUACAGUUAGAAUAUGGUGCAGUGAGUUUCAUUGAGGUGCUGAGGGGAGUGGCAUUUAGUUAAAGAGAUGUGAGCAUGUUGUGUAAUUGCUCUGAUCUUCCUGUACCCUCGGCUCGCUCUGAUGCAUUAUACAUUGCAAUUGAAUUUAUUUUUUGUUCUCAUUUAAGUGGUAAAAAUGGGAAGAAAUGACUGGGUUUUCCCUUUUUGGACUUGUAGAUUUGAAGGAUUUUUCUCAGUUUGAAACCCCCUGUUCAUCAUAAGAUCUAUGAACCUUGCCAUUUGCUUAUUUCAGUCCAUUUCCCUGUCAUAGCAGCAAGAGUUUGUUAGAGGAAAAAAACUAUCCUAAAUGUAGACUGUCGAAACAGAUGGGUGGGCCCUUUAUGUUUUCUGUAUGUUCAACCAUUCUGUUAAAUCCAAAGUUCUGACUUUAGUUCAGAAUGGUCAAAGUUACCAUAUUACUAUGUAAAGAGGACAGCUUGUGGAGUCUGAGAAACUGAAAUGGCUGUCCUUUUUAUAGGGUCAAGGUCAACUUUGUUUGAUUUUUAUUUUAUGGAACCUCAGUGAAAUUCACUCAUGCCCCUGAAAAAUCUUUAUUUUCUUUUGUGCCCCCUUUUUUUUAUUUUUUUAUGUAUAUAUCUCAAUAAUCCUUAACAUUUGUAUGACUUGUAUACUUCCUCAGACUUAUUUGAAGUAAUUAUCAUCCAUAGUAAAUGCUUCUAACUGAUUAUGUCUCUUGCUUUUGGAUACCCAAGUAAUGUGUGUAAACCUGAUCCUGGUCUCUAGAGGACAGCCCGUUGUGAAAAUGCAAUCACAUUUAUAUUUUUUUAGCAAGGUUUCUAUAGAAGCUUACAAAGUCUAGUGGGAAAGUACAGCAAAACUGGGGGGUGGGGCCUGGUACAGACCUUUGACACUCCAAUGUUGGGUUGCAUUAUGAAAGUCAACUGCACAAUGCCUGCCUGCUCUGCCACUGUGGUCAGUUUAUUGUAACCAUUCAAGUUGCACAGAUUCAAGUGAAUAAGACUUUGUAGGUUUUCCAUCUCAAACCCUUCAUGUGCUACAAAACCUUUAUAGAAAGUGCCUUAUUGUACUUCACGCAUGGGAAUUUGCCCUCCACCACCUUUUAGUCUGUUGUGCCAUUUGUAAACCAACUAUUUGCCUGACUGUAAAAAUUGGUGACUGGGCUUUUUCGCACCUCUCAUCAAUGUCUUCUUUUGCAAACAAGGGCUCAAAUGGCACAGUGAGAGAAUCUGUGUGUUAGGUAUACAAACAUUAUUUGACAAUAGGGGAUUGCUAGAAUAAGUCUUAUCUAAAUUUGCUUGGGUAUGUGAUUCCACUUUACUGUAUGAGUGAUAGGAAACGUUUAAACCUAUUCUAAACUUGUCUAGUGUAUACCAAAAUGUCAAUCUCUGCUAUUGAUGUCUUGCCAUCUAAUUGCAUGGACAGUUAUUAUUUAUGGUGGUUCUGGUGUCAUCUGUUUUAAAAUUCCUUCAACCUAAAACAGAAUAAGGUGUCAUAGGGCAGUGUGAGCUAAGCUUGGCGGUGUUUCUUGCCAUUCCGUAUACAGCACAUUAGUCCUGAAACAACAUGCUUAUUUAACUAGGCCAUAAUUAUGUUUUAGUUUGACUGUAGUGAUGGUCACCUUUGGCGGUCCAAUUUAUUUAUCAUAAAUUGUUAAAAGGUGA